GUGAAGACUGCAAAUACUGAUUGUGUUGUGUGACACUGCAGCAAGUGCUGGAGGCAGGAGGUCAUCAGAUGGAUUUUGAAAUUAAACACACUUGGGAUGGUUUUCCAGUACCGCACGAGCCCGUGUCGGUUAGGCUGUGUCCGCGUGAGGGAGGUGUGAUGAUGGAAAUCAGUGCUCCACUUUUCAGUGACCCUCCUGCCCCCCUUGGAGAGCCAGGAAAACCUUUCAGUGAGCUCUGGAACUAUGAAGUUGUGGAAGCAUUUUUCUUGAAUGAUGUAACUGAGCAGUAUUUAGAAGUUGAACUUUGUCCCCAUGGACAACACUUGGUGCUUUUACUCUCUGGUAGAAGAAAUGUGUGGAAACAGGAGCUAGCUUUAUCAUUCGAAGUGUCCAGAGAAGAGACAAAAUGGAAGGGCAAAGCUUAUCUUCCUUGGGCUUAUUUUCCACCAAAUGUGACAAAAUUCAAUUCAUUUGCAAUUCACGGGUCAAAAGAUAAAAGACGUUAUGAAGCCCUUUAUCCUGUGCCCCAGCAUGAAUUGCAAGAAGGACAAGAACCUGACUUCCAUCGUCUAGAAUAUUUCAAGCCUUUCAGUUUUAACACGCUGCUUGGAGAUGAAUGGAAGCAACCUCCAUCAGACCUAUGGCUAAAAGAAAAACCUGAUGUGCAGGAAACUAAUAGAUAACGGUACAAAUCAUAUAAACCCUAUAAAUUUCUCUGUACCUUUUAAGAUAAACAAGUGUGUCUCUUCAGGCACCAUGAACAUAUUUCAGCCACAAAUAUUUUCCUACAAGCCACUGAAAAUACACGGUGUAUGUGGCAAAUUGUACCAUAAUUAACAAGAAAAUGGAAAGAUUAUAGAUUAUUUAAUCUAUAAAGUUGAGAUGAUUCUCAUGACUGUCUAAUCCAGAAUCUAGGAUGCUACUAUGGACUGCCUGUGUAACCAUAAUACCAAAUGUCUCUUACCCUAUUAAUCAUGAACAUCAGCCAUCUUGAGAAGAGAAAAUCUUAUCCAGACGUUUUAAAGCUAUUUAUCUAUGUUAAUUCUUCUACUCUGAAUUUUGAUACUAGAACACAGUGACCUUUUAUCUCAGUUGAAUAGGUGUGUAUAUGUUAAGACAUCCUUAAGAUACAUGAGUUAUUAAAAGGUAGAAAUAAAGCAGUCUUGAAUUCAAGCAUUUACAAAUAAAGGCCAUUUUCUCUGUA